UCGAUUGUAUCUGCGACUGUGCAGAUGACGCACUGAGCUUCAGUGUGUAAAGAUGGCCCCUUUUCCGGACGAGGUGGAUGUUUUUACUGGCCCACACUGGCGAAUGAAGCAGCUGGUGGGCCUGUACUGCGAAAAGUUGUCAAAAACCAACUUCUCCAACAACAAUGAUUUCCGCUCAUUUCUUCAGUCACUGUGCGCCACCUUUAAGGAGUUCAAGAUGCACGAACAAAUCGAGAAUGAGUACAUCAUCGGCCUGUUGCAACAGCGCUGCUGCACUGUGUACAACGUGCAUUCUGACAACAAACUCUCAGAGAUGUUGUCCCUCUUUGAAAAAGGAUUGCACAACGUCAAGAGUGAAUAUGAGCAGCUUAACUAUGCCCAGCAACUGAAGGAGAGACUAGAGGCUUUCACACAAGACUUUCUGCCCCACAUGAAGGAAGAAGAAGAGGUCUUUCAGCCUAUGCUUAUGCAGUACUUCACCUACGAGGAACUCAAGGACAUCAAGAAACAGGUGAUAGCACAACACUGCAACCAACACCAAUGGGAUUGUGCCGCUGAGGUGCUGAAGGGCUUCAGUUUGUGGAGCCAGGCGGAGGAGCUGCAGAAAGCCUUUAAAUAUGCUGACCACGAGAAGACAGAUUAUGAACUGGAAAAGAACAAGAAUUCUUCAACCCACAUCUCCCAGCUUCCCACAGAAAUCAUGCUGAGGCUGUUCCACUAUUUGGGCCCUGAAGAUCUGUGUCGCUGCAGUCAAGUGUGCAGCUCUUGGUCAGACCUGGCCAAGACCGGCUCUCUGUGGAGGCACCUCUACCCUGUGCGCUGGGCCAGAGGUGAUUAUUAUAGCGGCCCCCCUGGGGAUCUGGACCAGGAGCCAGAUGAGGAGUGGGUGAAGAGUCGGCAGAAUGAGGGUCGGGCCUAUCAGGAAUGGGAUGAGGAUGCUGAUGUUGAUGAGUCUGAUGUGUCGGGCCAAACACAGGGCUCCCUGGCCAUAAGCACUGCUAAGCGAGAGAAGAGGCUUCUGAAUGGGAUUAUCCAGAACCUCCUGCCAGCGGUGGGUCCGUCUGUCAAGUCCAUUGUUCUGGCCUACAGUUCCACAGUCUCGAGUAAAAUGGUGCGCCAGAUGCUCAGUUUCUGCCCCAAUAUUACUCACCUGGACCUGACUCAGACUGAUGUUACAGAUUGUGCAUUUGACAGUUGGUCGUCUCUCGGAGCUUGUCUCUCUCUGGAGCACCUGGAUUUGUCAGGGUGCGAGAAGAUUACUGAUCACACCAUGAAGAAACUGUCUAUCGGGCUGGGUGACCUCACAUCCUCCACCUGCGUUGACAAACGUUCAGACCGGCGAGCCAAGCUUCUUAAAAGUUCCCCAGUACCCAUCACGCUCAUGGACGAGAGAAGCCUACAUCCAGUGGUGCGGAAGAGGCAGGCCAUCAUUUUUAAGACAGGGACAGGUCGUUGGGGCGCUGCCUGCACCCCCACGUCAGUGUGGGUCCUGGACCCCUCAGACCCUGCAGAUAUUGAGGAUGCUGCAGAGUGGAGCCGUCGUGGUGUGAUGUCUCUCCCUGAAGCAGAAAGCUUUGUAGAGACACAGCUCGUGGGAGGCUCGUGCUGCUGCAGGAGGAGCAGGAGGCGUGGGCACAGGACUGGCUCAAAUGCCUCCUAUCUGCAUCAGCAGUAUGCUAUGUCUGGGGAAAUGUUUUGUGGUCACUCUACCUGCUGCACUAGUGACAUGGCCCUCAGGACUUUUUCUGGGCCUCAGUGCGAGUCAGGCACCACCAGAAGCAGCACUGCAGAGUUUCGGACUAAAUGCUCCUCCUUUGGGGGCCUGCAGUGCCUGGAGCAUGAAAACAGGACUGACCAAUCAGCAAAACGCUCACUGAAAUUUCUCAGUCUCUCUGGAUGUUACCAAGUGACAGAUUUGGGCUUGAGGGCUCUGUCGCAGCGUGGAGGGCUUCCUUUCCUGGAGCAUCUCAACCUGUCUGGCUGCCUCUUCAUCACUGAGGUGGGGCUGCAGGAGCUGGUGUCAGCCUGUCCUUCCCUCAAUGAUGAGCACUUUUAUUACUGCGACAACAUCAACGGUCCUCACGCAGACACGGCCAGCGGCUGCCAGAACCUGCAGUGUGGUUUCCGGGCCUGCUGUCGCUCUGGAGAGUGAUCCUGCCAAGCAACGCUCUCCUUAAACUUCACGUCUCCCUUUUUAUUGCACUUUAUCCUGGGAAUACCGGUUGCUGUACUUUGUGUCACUCAAAAAGUUUCUGGAUGAAACUGUAAAUUUGCUCCCGUUACUUCCCUUUUCCAUCUAUAUUAAAUGGAAAUAAUCUUUUCGAAAAAGAAAACGUAAAGGAGUGAUGAUGGAUUUGAAGUGUCUGAAAAUGUACAUUCUGGUUCCUUUUUUUGGUUUGAAAAAUUAAAAAAGACAAAAAAAAAGCUAGGGAAGAGUAAACACCAAGUACUUUGUGUUUUCUGUAGUUACACCAGUUUUCCUUUGUCACUAAAACUAUACUGAUUUAUAAGUCUUCUCCCCCCUGCUGUGUUUAGUUCAUCCAUCUAUAAUCAGCAUAGUGUAGACUGACAUCAUCAGCAUCAAUUAAACAAGCUUUAUCAUCUAUCUGAGAGGGUAAUGUGAUUUCAUUGCUGGUUCUCCUGUAGACUGAAGCUGUCACGUUGUUGACAGUUACAGGUCAGAAUGAAUAUAGUCCCACUGUACAUGGAGGACGUCCCUCACUUUGAUGUCCAUUUGAUGCUUACACAGCAACCAUUAAGUUACAGAGUCACCAGUAAAGGAUGUACAGACAUAUGGAUUGGCACAUGAUGUUACAAUGUAGUCUUAUCAUUUUGUCCAACUUUGUGAUACCAGAUGUUCAUAGUCAUCAAAACAAGCUUUAGUUUUUCUUCAUGCACGCCAGUGUGGGAAAAAACGGACCAAUGUUCAUAUAAGAGGGUUCUGGAUACGCCCAGCACUGAUGAGGCUUUUAGAGGAGCUGAAAGGAGAUUAAGAAUAAUUACCCUCAGAUUGGGAGAAGCUUACUCUGUCAGUUUUCAAUAGAUUGUACUUCAUCUUUAAUCGUUCUGCAGCAGGAUGCAUUUCCUUGUUCAAAGUCUUGCAUGAGGAGUUCUAUUGAAAAUGUUCAAUUCAUAAACAGAACAAUAAAAGUAUCUUGGGGUUAAAA